AUGAUUGUGAUUCGCCACAAUGGUUUGGCUUGUCGCCGCUUGGCUCAUCGUCGCCGCUUGGCUCAUCGUCUCUUCACUUGUGGUCAUUUGGCACAUCACCAUUGUGAAUCGUAUAUAUCAAUUGUGCUUCCUUGUAAAGCUGGUUUGUUUCAUCAUUAUGCCGUCUUGCGUCUACCACGUGUCGAGAUUGUCACGGCUUGCCGUAGUCCGUCUUUAGCUUAUCGCAGCGGCGUUAGUCUUCGUCUGCAGCUCAUCGUACUUUGCUUACAGUUUGUAUCAGCGGCAUCGUAUUUGCGUUGCGGCUCGAUUCAGUUCACCUACAACUCAUCGCAACAGCGUCAUUGUCUGUUAGAGUUCGCCCACAGUUCGUCACAGUGGCGCCGCACCUUAUCUUACUUCGUCUGCAACUCGUCAUAA